UUCUUUUUCAUCUGUUCAUAUAUUAAAUUCCCGAUUUCGAUUCAAGGCCUACUCUAGGGUUUUGAAAUUUGGAAUUUGGAUUUGAUCUGUUGUAGUCAAGUGUGUAUAGUAAUGGCGGAAAUGACACCAGAAAGGAAAAAGAAGAGAGUGGUGGUGGUUGGUGGCGGCGUUGCUGGAUCUCUUCUCUGUAAAACCCUUCUAAACCAUAAGCAAUUGGAUUUUACCCUCAUCGAUUCGAAAGAGUAUUUURAGGUCAGCUGGGCAAAUUUGAGGUCAAUGGUCGAACCCGCAUUUGCAAAAAGAUCCGUGAUUAACCACCAUGAAUAUCUUCCUGGGGCAAGUAUUAUCACAUCUGAUGCAAUUGGGAUUGAAGACGACCAAGUGUCAACUAUGGAAGGCCGCCUGAUUGAAUUUGAUUAUCUUGUUAUUGCCACAGGUCACAUGGGKACCGGUUACGUGACUAAAGUUGAGAAGCUUAGGCAGUAUGAGGCAGAUAACGAAAAGAUCAAAUCUUCUGAAUCAAUAUUGAUAGUUGGAGGGGGCCCUACUGGUGUGGAACUUGCCGGUGAAAUUGCUGUUGAUUUUCCCACGAAAAAGGUGAAGCUAGUUCACCGUGGUUCAAGAUUGCUGGAGUUUAUAGGUGAGGCGGCUGGUAAAAAGGCUCUUGAUUGGUUAACUGCUAGGAAUGUUGAAGUCAUCCUAGGUCAAUCUGUCGAUUUGAGCUCGAGCUCUGAUGGUGUUUAUCAAACCUCUAGCGGUGAAGAUAUUGUGGCUGAUUGUCACUUUAAAUGCACAAGUGAUCCAAUUGGCUCGUCGUGGCUCCAGGAGACUGUUUUGAAGGAUAGUAUGGACGAUAAUGGGCGGUUAAUGGUCGAUGCAAACUUGAGGGUCAAGGAUUUUGAGCAUGUCUUUGCAAUUGGAGAUGUCACUGAUAUUCCAGAACUGAAACAAGGAUACUUGGCACAAAGACAUGCUUUGGUGGUUGCCAAAAAUUUGAAGCUUCUUAGCAACGGAGCUGCAGAGAGCACAUUGGUGAAGUACACUCCGGCAUCUCCAAUGGCAAUCGUGUCGUUGGGAAGACGAGAGGCGUUGUUACAGAUAUGGUGUGUGACGCUCAUCGGUCGGAUUCCGGGAAUGCUUAAAUCUAAAGACUUAUUUGUCGGGAAAACCCGAAAGCAACUUGGCUUAAAAGCCUAAAUCUUGUUUAUAGUUGGCUAAGCAUCAUCAAUCGAUUUUUUGUUAUGAUCAAAGGGUAUAAAAGCACAUAGAAGUUUGGUUUUCAUUUGGUGAUGAUUUCGGUUUCUUUUGUUUUCGUGAAAGUUGGGUCGAAAAGCGACUUGUCGAUCUAAUCGUACCACGUUGGAUGGUUUGUGUCGAGUUUUGUACAGUACAUUUAGAGAUGCACAAAAGAUACGAUCGUUAAGGAUUUGUUGCAAAGGUAAUUGGUUGUUUUAUC